AUGGCGUAUACAUCGAAUAUACCACUGAAUUUAAUCGCUGAAUCUGGUCCAGGAUUGGGAUUUGUUGUCUAUCCAAAAGCGAUAGGCACAAUGCCGGGCAGUCCAUUCUGGUCGAUCUGUUUCUUUACUAUGAUCAUUCUCCUCGGUAUUGACAGUAUGGUAAGUGAUGGCAUUAACAAUAUAUUAAGUUGA